AGGAGAGGAUCCAAGUCCAUAAACAUACAACAACUACAUAUACGUGCUGGUUUUGUGGUUUAGGCGGUGUGGGGUUCUGUGGUUCUGAAGAGCUUGUUUGCCAAUGGCGGAGAGAGAGAAAGAGUCUGAGUUUUUCUUGGAGAACGAUGAUGAUGAUGAUGACAUAGAAGACAAAAGGAAUGAAAAUGGUGAUGGUGGUGGUGGUAGCAAUAGCAGUGAUGAAGAGGUUGGUGAAGGUGGUGAGGAGGAGUGCCAUCGAAGAUUUAGAUCUCCUCCUUCUUCUUAUCCGCCUUUUUCUUCUCACCAAUGGCCUCAGAGUUACAGGGAGACAACCGAUUCCUUCACAAUCACUGCAUCACCAAUAUUUGGAACCCUUCGACGCCUAUCUAGCGUCAGAUACUCAGGUUGUGAUAGUGAUAGUAAAAGUAGCUUGGAUUUGGAGCCAUUGCUGCCUGAAUAUGAAAAGAGUUUUCGGAAGGAAGACUCGGGCAGGAUCUCUAGAACACAGUCAUCAUGGUCUGAUAAGGCUCCACUUCAUAAGCAAUUCACCGGAGAAUUUCCCAUUAGCAAUGGAUGUAGCUUUACUCAAACUAUAUUCAAUGGGGUAAAUGUACUGGCUGGAGUUGGGAUUUUGUCUACACCCUACGCUUUGAAAGAAGCCGGCUGGGCAAGCUUGGCGGUGCUUGUUCUUUUUGCAGUGGUUUGCUGUUAUACUGCUUCUCUUAUGCGACACUGCUUUGAGAGUAGAGAGGGCAUCACAACCUACCCAGAUAUUGGAGAAGCUGCAUUUGGAAAAUUUGGACGUCUUUUUGUAUCUAUUGUUCUGUACUCGGAGUUAUAUUCAUCUUGUGUGGAAUUUAUUACUUUGGAAGGGGAUAAUCUCACUAGGAUAUUUCCUGGUACAUCGUUGUAUUGGGCUGGUUUUCAACUGGAUUCCAUGCACCUCUUUGGAAUAGUAUUCGCCCUAAUUGUUCUACCUACUGUUUGGUUGCGGGAUCUCCGUGUCGUAUCAUAUCUUUCAGCUGGAGGGGUCUUCGCGACAAUUGUGAUAGUUCUUUGCUUAUUUUUUCUUGGUACAGUGGAUGGAAUUGGAUUUCAUCAAAAGGGUGAGGUAGUUAACUGGAGCGGUAUUCCUUUGGCCAUUGGUGUGUAUGGGUUUUGCUAUUCCGGGCAUUCUGUAUUCCCAAACAUUUACCAAUCCAUGGCUGAUAAAAGAAAAUUUACCAAUGCCCUUAUAAUAUGCUUUCUUUUGUGUGUUAUACUGUAUGGGGGUGCUGCAAUCCUUGGAUUUCUCAUGUUUGGUCAAGACACACAAUCACAGAUAACUUUGAAUAUGCCACCUCAUACUAUAACCUCCAAAGUUGCAUUGUGGACAACAGUGAUCAACCCAUUCACUAAAUAUGCCCUGCUGAUGAACCCACUGGCCAGAAGUAUCGAGGAACUGUUGCCUAUCAGAGUCUCUACUAGUUUCUGGUGUUUCAUUCUCCUGCGGACAGCACUCGUUGUUUCUUCUGUUGCGGUUGCAUUUGUGAUCCCAUUCUUUGGUCUUGUGAUGGCUUUAAUUGGUUCUCUUCUCAGUGUACUUGUGGCGGUGAUAAUGCCAGCUUUGUGUUUUCUUAGAAUUGUAAAGAAGCCGACAACAACUCAGGUUGUGUUGAGUACCGGAACUAUCGUGUUGGGUGUCGUUAGUGCGAUCCUGGGAACGUAUUCGUCACUUUCGGAAAUCUUAGAGAAGUACUGAGUGAUCAUAUCCUCGGAAUGUGUCAGCUAUAUCUAUCGGUGCAUCAUCGCACCGUUAUGGUCCAAACUUUGUUGUUCAAUUCUCUCUUAUUUUUUUGAAUGAUCCUAUAUUAAUUUCCUUUGAGAGAAAGGCUUUUUGGAUGCUAAAAGUCUCUUUUCUUAGUUUCAUUCAUAGGGAAUGUACUGAAGGCAUGGCCAGAUCUAUUCAUUGCUAGUUGUUUCUUUCUUA